UUUAGGGUAGAAAAACUGGUUUUUUUUUUAAUUUAUGCGCACUUUAACUCGACCAGAACAAAAUUUGUCACUUCCCUUAUUCUCCCGCCAAAUUCACGUGUUUCCCGGCAAUAUCUUCAAUCAAUUCAGGUGUUCGAUGAAAUGCCUAUGUGGUCGAACACCAGAUGUUCGAUGAAAUGCCUAUGUGGGAGAACACCAUCUGGAAGCUUGUUACUUCAUUUUGGUUUGUUUACGGCAUAAUAAUCAUCUGUUGAGUAAUAAUAUAUCUAAAUGGCGUGGUCGCCGGUGAAAAGAUCAAUUAUCAAUCUCCGCUUGAUCCGUAGUAGCUCAAGUCUCGUAUAUCUGCAACCAAUUCAUACACAAACCGACAAUGCACCUCUUCGUGGGAAAGAACGUUCGGUCUACAAUCGCAGCAAGGUUCUUCUUUCAGAUAUUUUCCGUAAAAAGCCCUUCGAUUUUCACCUCCGAUAUCUCUGCAACAGCGUACCGCCAAGAAGCCUCCGUUGGGAAGGAUCUUCUCACGACAUUUUGCUUAAAAAUCUCGAAUUUUUUAUAACGAAUCAUCAAGUGGAUGAAGCAUGGGACGCGUAUACAAAUUUUAAAAAACUUUACGGUUUACCAGAUGACGGUUUAUUGAGUAGGUUCAUAACUGAAUUAUCCUACACUAGUGAACCCGAGUGGCUUCAAAGAGCAUGCGAUAUCAUCCUUCUUCUUCCCAAGAAGAAGUCAAACUCGCUUCGGUUUGACCCGCUGUACAACCUCUCGCUCUCUUUAGCAAGAGCGCAAAUGCCCGUUCCUGCAUCGAUGAUUCUUCGGAUAAUGAUUGAGAAAGAUAAUAUCCCGCCAACUAACUUAUUGGGCCCGCUCGUUCUUCAUAUGGUCAAAAAAGAAAUAGGUACGUAUCUCGCAUCGAAUAUAUUGAUUCAAAUUUGCGAUUUUUAUCAGCGUUCGGGUUCUAACCGGUGUAUAAUAAAACCCGAUACGACAAUUUUCAACCUCGUUCUUGAUUCGUGCUCUCGUUAUAACUUAACUUUCAAGGGUCAACAGAUCAUAGAAUUGAUGUCACGAAUGGGGUUAGUAGGCGAUGCAUGUACGAUCGUAACUAUUGCCCGAAUCCAUGCGGUCAACGGUCAAAGGGACGAGUUAAAGAACUUCAAAAGUUGUGUUGACCGGGUGGCGGGUUAUAUGGGUCAUCAUUAUUUCCAGUUUUACGAUAAUCUCACGAGCUUACAUUUUAAGUUCAACGAUAUCGAUUCGGUAUCCGAACUUGUAUUUGAUAUGAUCGGUUUAACCGGAACUCAGAACGGCCCACGUAAGCCGUUUGUAAUCCCGCUUGGAUCUCCGAACCUCAAAAAAGGUUUAAAGUUACAGGUUUUGCCUCACCUUUUGCCCGAAAAUUCAUUAGUGACGAUAGAAAGAAACGAGGGUUUCGUUACGUAUAAGAACAAAAGGCUUGUUUUUACCAACAAAACGCUAGCGAAGCUCAUUGUCGGGUAUAAACGAGCGGGUCGGAUUAGUGAGCUGUCAAAGGUUUUAUGCCGGAUCCAAACAGAAAACGAACGGGUUGAAAUGAACAUAAACGAUUUAAGUGCUGACGUUAUUGACGCUUGUAUUCAUGUCGGUUGGCUGGAAACCGCGCAUGAUAUUUUAGAUGAUAUCGCGCAGGCAGGUAUUUUACCUAACACCGAUUCAUACUCAUCGUUAUUAACAGCUUAUCGUGAAUGUAAUAAGCAUCGGGAAGCUGAGUCGCUAGUGAAACAAAUCAAGAAAACGGGUAUAACAAUAUCCGAUGACACGUCAAAUCCGACUGUUUCCAGGAAAAAAUCAGAUUUAGUCACAUGUUUGAUUCGAGAAACGAAGAAAGGGGACGUAAAUUGUUCGGUUUAUGAAUUUAACUCGUCGAUUUACUUCUUCAUGAAGGCGGAAAUGAUUGACGACGCGUUGAAGACGUAUAAAACCAUGCAAAGAAUGAACAUCUCUCCUAAUGUGGCGACUUACAUGUACAUGGCGAUGGGGUAUUCGCGUUUAGAAAUGUAUCGCGAGAUUACUAUCUUGUGGGGCGAUAUAAAGAGGCGUUUCGACGAUAGGAAGUUGAUGAUGAAUGUAGAGUUGUAUGAGGUUUUGGUAUUGAAUUUUUUGAAAGGAGGGUAUUUUGAGAGGGUAAUGGAGGUCAUUGGUUGCAUGAAAAAAGAUGGGAUUUAUGGGGAUAAAUGGUUGUAUACAAGUGAGUUUUUGAAGCUUCAUAAGGAUCUGUACAGGAAAUUGAAGGUUUGUGAGGGUAGAACUGAGGCUCAGAGCAAAAGGGUUGAACAUGUGAAGGCUUUUAGAAAAUGGGCUGGUAUUGAUUGAAAGUUUUUUUUUUUUUUUUUUUUUUUUUUUUUUUUUUUUUGACCUCUUGUUUCUGAAGGGUGUAAUUAGUUUUAUUAGAGGUGACACUUUUGAAUAUUUUUAUUUAUUAUGUGUUAAUUUGGGUUGUGUUUUAUCAAACGGGUCAAUAGGUGAAACAGCAAACGUUUAGUUAAA